GUUGCCCCAGAUUACUUACGAGAAAAGUUUGAGAGCGACGUUCAUCAUGACUGACGGAAACAAGGCACGACCGUCCAAAGUUUGGACAACUCUGAUUACCAACACCGCCUACCUGUCGGGCCUUCUGACCCUAGACUAUUCACUCAAGAAAGUGGGUUCCAAGUACCCACUGGUAGCCCUGUACACGGAUUCAUUUCCGGCCGAGGGUCAUACGGCCCUGGAUGAACGCGGUAUCCUAAAGCAACAUGUCGCUUAUCUACUCCCCUCGACACCAAGAGAAUACACCAAUGACCCGCGCUUCUAUGAUUGCUGGUCUAAGCUCACUCCAUUCUCCCUCGUGGAAUAUGACCGUGUGGUCCAGCUCGAUAGCGAUAUGCUCGUCCUUAAGAACAUGGAUGAAUUAAUGGAGCUCAAACUUGACCCACCCUCUGCAGCUGGCACAGGCAAUCGAGUCUUUGCUGCUAGCCACGCCUGUGCUUGCAAUCCGCUCAAGAAGCCUCAUUACCCCUCAAACUGGAUCCCGGCCAACUGCGCCUACACUACACAGCACUCCACCCCAGAAAUUGCGCAAAGAACAGGCCCAGCGCCGGAUGCAGCUUUUGGUAUGCCCAACGGAGGCCUCCAGGUCGUGAACCCAUCCAAGGAAAUCUACGACAAGAUUGUGAGUCAGCUUGAUACCUCGGCAACAUUAGACUACGAUUUUGCAGAUCAGUCUCUUUUGGGAGAUCUCUUCCACGGGCGCUGGGUGGCGCUUCCGUACAUUUACAACGCGUUGAAGACUCUCCGGUGGGAGGGGGUGCACGAUGCCAUCUGGCGAGACGAAAGUGUGAAAAAUGUGCAUUACAUUCUCAGUCCGAAACCCUGGGAUGAAUGGGCAGACGGAAAGACAGGAGCCACGACUAAAGAUGCGUCGCAUGCCUGGUGGUUUGAGAUGAACGAGGAGAGGCUAAAACAGGAGGAGAAGAAUGGUAUUGAAGAUCAAUUCUGACCCCAUUAGCCGUUGUGCCCAAAACAUAGAUGACAUAGCAUUGUUGGGGUUGAAGCCCAUGAG